AUCAAGACGAACUGGUAAAAGGAAUGUAAACACUAAACAGUUUCCAUGAGACAGCUAUAAAAGUGCUGAUAAGACGACUGUUCUUCGUCUAACAUACUAUAUAGCUAUUCGUCCUAUCGCCUGCCACCAGUUUCUUACUUCAACCAUAAAUAAUAAGACACUUCCUUAAGGCGUAAGUUGAGAGUCCCUGAGUGGGUGGUUUGUGUGUGGAGACAAUGGCAGAGUACUUGUUCCACCAGACGGGACUGGUGGAGGAGGUGUUCCUGCCAGGCAAGGCAAUACUCACCUUUCUGCUCAAUGGUCAGGUCCAACGUGUGCUGCUGUGGGUCAAGUCUUUCAUUCACCAGGGUAAGCUGCUAGACAAGACUGACAGCUUUGCCAACAAACUGAGCCUAGGGGAUGUGGUGCACUUUCACUGCCAUGUGUACGAUAAGCAGUCAAGUGACAAUUGCCAGUGGUAUGCUGCUAAGGCCAGCAAGGAGCCUGUAAGUGAGGCAACUGUGCAGCCCAGCACCAAAGUCAUCAACCGCAGUGGGUAUAUCUCAGAGGUGGAUCCUGGCAAAGGGGUGAUCCUCUUUGAUUUUCAUGAAGAGGAGAACCGAGUGUUCUUCAUGCGCUCCAAGUUCUUCCUUUUCGGCAAACGGCUGACCGGCAAGCGCAGUCUUCAAGAGUUCCUCAGUGAAAACGACCCAUUGCAGUUUGAUGCUGAGAUGUGUGAGCCAAGUGAUGAAAACUACAACUGUAACUGGUUUGCCACUCUGGUAUGGAAGGGCAAAAGGCCAAUAGGCAUGGGUCUUGGUGGGCUGCUAGGCUACACAGGAGGGGCUACAAGUGACCCUGGUAUGGAGGAGAUAGCCAGCACACUAUCAGGAGUGACACCAAGCAGUUAUGAUGAGUUCCCAACCCUGAGCCUCCCGCCAGGCCUCAUAGACAAGCAGGGGUACAAGGCCUUUGAGGUGAAUAACAAUCUGCGGGAGGGUCAUGGCAACGUACUCAAGCUGUUCAAUGAAGAGAGUGGCCUUGCCCUGUGGAUGGUGCGCUGCAACACCUGGGAGACCGUCUUCUUCCACCGACGCAACGCCUUCCUCGAUACUGUUUCCCUCAGGAACUUUGACAUCCAGGAGUCUUUUUCAGAGGGGACAUCAUUGGAGAUCUCUGCAGUUCCAGCCCUGGCAGAGUUCCCGUGUCGGUGGAUAGCACGGCGAGUGGUGGCGCGGUGCUAAGAUUCACUCAUGGUAGCUGGCUAUCAUUAGGCUUCUAAGAAAAUAUCUACUUGAAUAUUUUUUUAUGAUGGAGAAUGCAGGAGUGUUGUAAUAGUGCAAGUCAUACAUUAAAGAGACAUGUAUUAUCA